GCGGUAGUGAGGAAGCUCCCGGGCCAGUGUGAAACAUGGCGGCAGGCUACUCGGUUGCUGGCGGCCAAACCACCGUCUCCCGUCCAUUCCGCAAGUCCCUCUCGCCAUCGGGGAAAAACGGCGCGGCUGAAGCUCGGACGGAGCCGCGGCGACACCUCUGAGGGUGGGGCGGGGGAGCGGAGACAUGGGGGACGUCAUCGAGAUCGGCUCCGGCUCCGGCUCCGACUCCGACGUGGAGAUUGUGGGGGUGACUGUGAUGGCCCGGGUGGUGAAGAGCGAGACGUGCGGGAUGUGUCGGCCGCGACACACCUGCUCGGAGUGGAGCCGGAGCCGGGUCCGGGGGCCGCUCCGCGCCGUGGGGGAGAAUAUUGAUUUGACAGGAGAUGAGAAUGAAGUGCACAAUCAAGUGAAGGCCAUUAAAGAAGACACAAUAAGUAUGCGGGACAAUUCACCAAACUGUUACCAAGCAAAGCAAAGCCAACAGAUUCCUGCCUCUAGCAAUUGGAAUCAUAUUAUGCUGGAUUCCGAUGAUGAUCUGACAGAUGGUAAAGAAGAGCAUCUGUCUCUUGGGUUACGGUCUGACUGGGUAGUUGGCAUGGAAGAACCUGACCUCAAAACUCCUCCUCUUUUAUCCAUUGAACCGUUAACUGAAGAGAAUUUGUUCUCAGUUUCCAGUAACUUUUCCAACGACGAACCAUUGCCAGAACUGGACUUUAUUGGCCCUGAUGAAAGCAAGGAUCCUUGCAUCACUGCAACAAAUGGGGACUUCUGUCGAAGAUCAAGUGAAAUGAGUAGCAGCUCUGUUUGCAGUGUGGAUUCGACGAUGGACACUAGUAUAAAUAGUGAUGUGGAAUCUCUGGAAACAUUUUCACCUGAUGGACAUAUUCCAUGUUCGUCACCAAGUAGUGCUGGAGGCCUUUUGGAAGACUAUCUUAAGAGUGGCUUUGAUGAAACUGAUCACACGUUUGAUGAACCUGAGGCAGGCUUUAGUAUGUAUAUUGAGGAUCUACCACCACUGAUACCUCAGAACUCUGAGGAUUUUGAAAUGAGCACUUACCACUAUCCUCCCAACAUAAAUGCACCAGAGGUGAAGCCUUGGAAGCAACUUCCAAGACAGAAGGCAAAUGAAAGUGAAUUACAUUCUUUACCAAUGGAAAGCAAAGCAUGGGACAAUGCACUGGAUUUGGAUGGGCCUGAAGAUCAGAUUCUUUCAUCAGACAAGUCUGAAAGCUGUUCACUGACUUCAAAUGAGGCUAUGGAAGUGAAGCCAAACAGCUCAAUAGACAAAGAAUUGUUGCAAAGUUUUCGUUAUUUUAUGGGAGUGCCAAUUCAACACUUGUUUGUUAAGCGCCGUAGAAAAGAAAAUUGGCACAAGAUGAACCAAAAUUCUCAAUCAUCAGCAGCUUACCGAAAUAUAUCAAAGGAACCAGAGCUGAUCUCCCAAAGACAGUGCAGUAUGAUAAACAGCACCAUUGAUGAAAACUUUUCACAAGGGACCCUUCAGUUUCUGAUGGACUUUGUAUCCCCUCAACAUUAUCCACCUCAGAAGGCAGUGGAGUAUAUAAUCAAGAAGAUACUACUGAGCAACGAACCCCCCAGCACUAUUAUGUCUACUUACAUGACCCUAAUGAAGAUCCAACAGCUACAUCCUGCAAAUAUUUACACAGUGCAGUGGGACUGGGAACUUCUGGCUUACCAUGUGGAGAACAAGGAUCCUCAUAGGAACGAUUCUCUGACCAAAGGUAGUCGACUGUUGUUCCUACAGUAUGUUGUUCAGACACUUGAGGAUGACUUUCAGCUGAAACAUGAUGUGCCCCAGCAAUCCAUAGCCAAGGCUGUUCUAUCCUGUGAUGAAAAAUUUUGGAAUGUAAGGAGUGUCAUUAAGUGGCUUAUUGAUAUCUGCAAGGACUCUGAAGAAAUACAAGAGAGAACCGGUCCCACGUCAUCAGCAAGUAAUAAUCUGCUGGCAAUGGAUUCUAGGAAUCUAAGAGUUAUUUGCCUCUUUCAGAAGAUGCUUACCUUGGCUGUAGAAGUGGACAAAUCCCCAACCUGUAGCUCAAAUAAAAUUGCAGAGGCAAUAUUUCAAGACUUCAUAGACAUUUCUAAACGAUCACAAAGAUUAACACUGUUAAGAAGUAUGGAGAGCCAACUGCUGCGCUGCAAGUUACUAGAAUUUUUUUUUCACCAUUGCACUGAGAAAAAAGACCCAGGUCUGCCAAUGUCAUUGGGAAAAGUACUACAUUUCCUUAAAUAUGCUAAAUUUAACUUAGAAGCUAAUGAGCAUCGUUCAAGCAAAUGGCAAUACUGGGAUGAACUUGUCCAUCUUCUAUGUUUACUGCUUCUGAGUUAUCAAGAGGUGACAAAGCGUCACCUAAGGCUUUCAAUCACAGAACGGGUGAAAUAUGUUUUAGCUGACACACCUCCGGUGCUCACAACACAUGAUGCCAUCACUAAGGAAGACGUUCUUAAUGAUAUGGAGGAAUUCUAUAGUCGAGUGUUCAGUGAUUUGGGAAGAUCAUUGAAUCCGCAAUUAGAAGAACAGAUCAAUCUACUAAAGGAACUGCUUUUAAGUGCAGCAACUGGAACAUAACGUUUAUAAAUUGUUUUGAAAAGGUGAUUUUUAUAUUAUAUAAACUGUGACUCUUUCAACAAACUAUCACUGCACAAAAUGAUGCACUGGAAUGUUAGAGUAUCUUUGGAUCUCAAUCCUUUAACUUAUUUUCAAAGCAUGGCAACACGCUGUCACCUAACGAUACACAAACCUAAUAGUCAAACAUUUUUUUUAAAUGUGAUUUUGUUAUUUUUACUUUGAACUGUAUUUCUAAUUCAAUCACAAAAGAUUGUGAUCAACUGCAGAUUUGCUUUGUUUUGGAGGUUUUUCUGUUCUGGAUUCUAAAAUCUGCGAUACAUACAAAAUAUUAGGAUGUUCCAAUGCAUUGUGUUUGUGUGAUCUUGUCAGUCGGAACACACAAAUUCAGGGUUAAUCUGAGUUCAAACUGUGAUGCUUAUUACAUACCAUGCCACUUUCUGGUGCUUUGAAUUUAGUUUUCUGUUUAACUCAAAUGGAAAUAUUUUUUUAUAUCCCAUAAGAUUUUCGCUAUACUUUUUGUAAAGGAUGUACUUUAUUUAAGUUUGAGACAGUUAAAAUUGUAUGCCUGCUGCUUAUAAAUUGUCUGAUUUUAUAAAUUCAGAAAUGAUUUAUUCCUGUUCUCAUGUCCCUUAUCUAAAAUUAACUUUUGUGAGAUAUCAUCUCAUCAAGUUUAUAUAAACUUGUAUUCAGUGGAAUAUUCAUUAUCCAACAGAAUUUUAUGCAACACCAAGCCUUGGCAGGAAACACCAACCUCUUUUGCAUUAUGUCCCACGUUUGGGGGAUUCUCUUCAUUUUUGUCAAAUAAUUGCAGAAAUGUGCUUAUAUUCAAGCAAUUGUAUUUGAAUAUUGAUGUAGUGAAAAGCAAAAUAUGGAGAACAUUAUUUCCAGGGAAGGUGAAACCCUAAAUUUGUCAGAUAAUGAAGAUUCUCCUGUUGGAUAACAUUGCACUAUGAUAUUUUGUGUUAGCUGAACCUAACCAAAUUAAGAGCUUCUUUACUAUUCAUUGAAAUAACUACCAAAACUCUGAAUAAUGUAUUUCUCUUGCUUUUUUAAUGUAAUAAAAUAUACUUGCUAAUAAUGUAAGAUUGUGUAUUUUAGAAGACUAUUCAUUGUCAGUAGCAUGUACUGGCCUUAGACAGUUUAAUAAAUCAAUUGAAAUGCUACAGAUAAUAAUCCAAAUAUUAAAUGUAGAGUGAACUUGUUAGCUCAGGGUGAUGAUUGAUUUGAACCUUGAGUCUGAUUGUCACUGAUGCUCGUUUGGUAUUACUGAAGAAUAACUGUUGGUUGAGGGACUCAUCCGGGUAUUGGUUAGAGCACCAGAAACAGAUGGGCAAUUAGCGGGAGCUUUUUAUCGUAACUUUGGACCAUCAUCUUAUAUUUUCCUUAAGUCCAAAGAUAACUGUCACAUCCAAAUUCAGGCUCAGUGUUGGUGGUUUAACACAGAUUUUACCUGAUCCUGCUGUGAUUUUGUUGUAAAUUAUGGAUUUUUAAUGAAGCUAGCAUUAAAAAUGAAAAUAAAGAAAGAAAAUGACAGCCAUCCAGAGACAAUUGUAUGAUAAAUUAGGGCCAAUGUAACUUGUUAACCUAGUUGAGACGAGCCAUUCAGAUGCAGUAGGCGGAGGGUGUGUAGGUGUGUUGGGGGGGGGGGGGGGGAGAAAGAGAGAGGGAGACAGCCUUAUCAAAUAACUGAGGCAUAGGGAAAAUCGUUUGUCAUCUCAUACUGUGCUCCUCCAGCACUUUGUGUCUUUAAAAAAAAACAAACAGGAUCUGCAGUUCCUUGUGUUUACAUCUGUCUUCCCUUAUUGUUUGAUCCAAAUUUUAAGGCACAAGAUUUGAAGAGUUUCAGGUCAUAACUCAGGGUCAGAUCAUAGAUAUUGGGAAGAUCAGCGAGAAGAACAUGGGUGAGAAUUGUCACUCUUGGGUAGAUGCAAAGAUAAGGAGAAACUGACCUAAAGAUUGACACAUCCUAGCCAUCUGGUAGCAAAUUGGGUCGAGGAGGUCCCUUUAUCCAGCAAAGAAGCAGAUCUUAAUCUUGUUACAAUGUCUGCUCCGCUGCUUGUGGUUCAGGAUGUUUGCAUUGGAAAAAUGGUGUAUGUGACAUUAGUUAUGCUGAAUCGUUUUGUUGUAAAUCUGGUCUAUUAAACAUUGCAAAGUUUGCUAUAUACACUCAAGAUAAAAUUCUAUU